AUGAUUAAAAAACCUAAAAAUUAUUUAUUCAUCCUUUUAUUAUCAAUAGCAAUAUCACCAAUUUUUGGUUUAGAUUGCGAAAGUUUAAAUGAUUCUCAAUGUAAAUCAAAUAGUAGUUGCCACUAUUUCCCUUUUGUAUCAUGCUGCGGUACUUCAAAGUUUUUUUGUGUAAAUAAGCAACAAAGUUGUUCAAGUACAGAGUUAACUUGUGGUAAAAAUACAAAGUCAGGGGAAAUAUUCGAAUUUUGGACACAAUGUAAACCAACAAAGGAUUUUGUAGACUACCACCCACCAAACAAUACAUGUGGUUCUUUAGAUUGCGAGUCUAGUGGUUUAUUAUGUAAAUGGAUCGAACCAAAAUGCUAUGGCACCAGUUGUUGUGGACGUUAUCCAGCAUGUGUCAAUAAAGAUGGUAGUGAAAUUGAUGUCUCAAACAAUAAUAAUAAAUAUUACUACAAUGAUGCAGAUAAUCACGAUAAUAGUAAAAAUAAUCAUAAUAAUGGUGAAACUCAUAAGGAUCAUAAACAUCACCCACAUCAUAAAAAUCAUCAGCAUGACAAGGGUGACAACCACCCACAUCAUCACAAGAAUCACCAUACAUACCAUGAUGAUAUUAAACCAAACGAAAAAACAUUUGUUGAAGAAAACGAAUCUUUUGAUUGUGAAACUUUAAAUAAUGACCAAGAAAAAUGCCAGUUUUUAUAUCCUAAUUGUAAAUGGCUAACAUUCCAAGGUUGUUGCGGUAAACAAGUUUCAAUUUGUGCAAAUGAUCUAACUAAUCAUUGUUAUGAUAAUGAUUUAAGUUGUGUUAUAGAAGAUGGAACAAAUGAUAUUUAUGAAGUAUGGAGUAUUUGCAAACCUCAAAAAGGUUUUAAAAAAUAUAAUAGAUCUAAUGCCACAAGUUGUUCUGAAUUAAAUUGUGAAAGUAAAGGUAUGACUUGUGAUUGGGUACAAUCUACAAAAUGUAUUGGAACAUCUUGUUGCCAAAAAUCACCACAAUGUUUACCAUUGCAAGGCAGUGAUAAUAACAAUCACAAUAAUGAUGAAAAUGGUAGUAGAAACAGUAAUAGCACUAACAGUGAUUCUAAUAGAAACAGCGGUUCUAAUAGCAGUGGUGCCUCUAGUAGCAGUAGUGCAGCCAAUAGUAAUAAUAGAAGCAACAGUAAUAAUAGUAGCAGCGGCAACAUUAAUAGCAAUGGUAGCAAGAACAGCAGUAGCAGUAGUAAUAGUAGCGACAGCAUCAGUGGUAGUAACAGCAAAAACAGCAGUAGCAGCGAUAACAGCAAUAGCAGUGAUAACAGCAAAGGCAACAGUAAUAGUAGUGUUAGUAACAAUAGAAGUCAAAGUAGCUCAUCAGCCUCAAAAUCCAGUUCAUUGAAAGGAUCAUCCUCAUCCUCUAGUGAUAGUAAUAAUUCAUCAGAUUCUAAAUCAUCUAGCUCAGAAUCAAAAGGUUCAUCAUCGUCAUCAUCUCCAGCCAAAUCUGCCCCACCCUCACCACCAAGACCAGCAUCAUUUGCAUCAUUGCAAAAUAAUCAAGUUAAUCAACUAAGAGAUGAAGAUGGCAAUUUCGAUGCUUUAAAGAAUGAUAAUUUUGAAAUGUUCGAGGAAGAAGAUUUAUGGAAUGAUAUGGAUUGGUACAGAAAACCAGAUCAAUUAAAAAAUGUAGUUGACGAAGAAGAACAGUUCAAAAUUACUCGUAAAGAUAACUAAUAAAUUAAAAUAUUUAAAAUUUAAUAUUUACUAUUAAAAAUAUUUUUUAAAAUGUAGAAAAUAAAAAUUAGUAAAGUUAUAAAUUUAUUUAUAAAAUUAUUUAUAAAACAAC